ACUAAAAUGAAUAUAGACAAAAUCACUAAACUAUUCUUUCAUCAACAUAUUACUCAAGUAUAUCAUUUUGUACAAGUUUCAGUUGGAUUAGUCAUUUCUUCUCUCUUUUCUAGUCCUCUGUUCCAGUUUAAUAAAUUGAAUGAACCUCAUAAUCUAAUCCUCUGGCUCUAGGUAAGGCUGUCCUGCAGAUGACUAGAAUGUGUAAAAUUCAAAUGCUCUGAGACUUUGCUGACAUUUUUAACUAGUAACUAUUAAUGAAUUAGAUAGUUUGUCUCUUCAUGACUGCAUUGCUACUGGUGAUAUCAAUUUCUUUUGUGUGGCAUUAUCGUUUUUCUGUCAUUUCCUUUGGAUAUGUCUUGAGCUUAUAUGUACAAGAGACUUGUUUAAUGGAAUCAACUAGUGAUCCUGGUCAGUUAACUGCUUAAUUUGGCAGCAAAGUUUUAAUGGUUAGCUGCUUUGUGAAACAAAAGCAUAAUGCAACUAGAUUUUCUACUUUUGUUGCAGGAUGGUUUAAAGCCAAUACAAGUUGCUGCUUUGAGGGAUAUCAGAGAUGUUGUUGAAGUUCUUUUGCCAUUAACAUCUCCAGUUCCAAACAUUUCAAACUGGAGCACAGAUGGAUUAAUUGAAUUCAUGCAGUCUGCUGAAGCAAGCAAGGAACAGGCCAGUAGAAGAGAAGUUGACUUGCCAAGGAGUGCCAUUUUGCAUAAAACAGAGAUGGUUGAGGUAACUCCUGAAUCUAAAAAGAGAUCUGUGGAAGCAAAGUCACGAGGUGAUGAUGCCUUCAGGAAAAAGGACUACCAGAUGGCAGUAGAUGCUUACACCCAGGCUAUUGAUCUGGACCCAAAUGAAGCUGCUUUGCUAUCAAAUAGAAGCCUCUGCUGGAUACGUCUUGGACAAGGCGAACAGGCCUUGGCUGAUGCUAGGGCUUGCAGAGCGCUGAGGCCAGACUGGGCCAAAGCUUGCUACAGGGAAGGUGCAGCACUACGUCUAUUACAAAAUUUUGAUGAAGCAGCAAGUGCCUUUUAUGAGGGAGUGAAGCUUGAUCCUGAGAACAAGGAGCUUGUAGAUGCUUUCAGGGAGACUGUUGAAGCCGGACGAAGAUUUCAUGGAACCGAACAGCAGCAAAAACAAUAGCUUAAAUUGUUUGGCGGGGGCUCAAGAUCCCUGUAUAUUUUACCAAAAAGUACUAAUCAUUGUCUAAAAGCAACUGUUGUGCCCGUCUUUGACCCAGAGGAAGUGUAAAUAGGAUUUUGGUGAGCCCAAAUUUUCAGACCAUUUGCAUGAUUAAUGCUUCCUUUUUCGCUUAAUAUUGUUAGAAAACCAUGUUGCUCCCAGAGGGAUGGUGGGGCGUGUAUCGGUGGACAGACUAAUUUGGUAUUCAAGCAUGCAACUGUCAAAAUCAAGAACUGCUAUGGGUACUAAAAACUGCUGUUGCAAACUUGGGUACUUUUUCUUGUCA